AUGAGCGCUGAAUGCAGCAGCUACUCCAGCGCUGACGGUGCGUUCGUGGACGGAUUCUCGUGCCCUAGAGCUGGAAAUGCCGCUGCUGCUGUGUACUGUUGCGGAUUUAAUGAUGUCAAGUACUGCUGUGAUGAUCCCAACAGCUUUUUCCCCUAUGAGUACGGAUACAUGUGGUGGCUGAGUAUCGGUGCUCUGGUUGGUCUAUCCAUUGCCGCGGUGGUCCUCCUUGCUUUCCUGAUUACUGUCUGUGUCCUCUGCUACCUCUUCAUUGCCACCAAACCCAGUCGUCUUGACAACGGCCUACCCCUCAGAGCACCAGUGGGAGAUCCCAGUGAGGGGCCAAGCCGUGUGAGAGCAGCCUGCAUCUCUGGUCCGCAGGGAUUCAGAAAACACUUCAUGAGCAGAAAACUGGACUGUGACAACCAUCAGCCAGACCCCGAGCUGCUGUUCCAGAGGUGUUUCACAGCUACUGUGGCUGGUAUUAAAGUGGAAAAUCCUCCAUAG